UGGGUUGAGAAAAGAUAAGUGUCCCGCACUGCAAAUGGCCUCCUGCUCAACAUUUAUUGUUUCCUAGUCUGGAGUCAGCUUUUGUGGAUGAAGAAGGUUGAUGACUCUAAGAUGUUUGACAGAAUCAAACCAUCUGAUGAAGCUUCUGCUUCUUCAGCACAAGGAAUCGAAAAACAUGCUGUUGAAGGCUCUGUACGACAGGAUAGCAAUAGCAGUUUACACACAAGAGGGCAAGAACAUUCUCGUCCUGGAGUAUCCACUGUGCAAAAUAGACAAGGAUACUGCAACUGUUGCCAUGUACACUACAGUAAUCUGGAACAGCAUGUUUUCAGCUCCCAGCACAGACAUUUUACCACUUACUGUAGGAAUCGUGUGGGUACCAGUAGCUUGAUGGAGCGUUUCCUGCAAGAUGUUUUACAGCAUCAUCCCCACAGAUACCAUGACAACAGACCAACCUACGAUGAUAUGCCACUCCCCGUCACUCCAGAGCCUGCUAGGAUUGCUUGCCUGUCCCCAGAAGAGAUGAAGAAAAACAGGAACAGAGACAGACAGGAAAUUUCCAGCAAAGACCAGGAGUCCAUUGGUGAAAUAUGCUCUUCUGCUCCAUGCCUGUCUCAUGAGGGCACAAAGAGAACUUCUGUAACACAAGCGUUUAUUCAAAAACUAGAAAGAAGGCAGGAACAUGUUAUAAGAAUAUCCCAGCAGUCUACGGGCAUUUGUAGCAAUGAGAAAUGGGAUACCCUGAAAGAUGCUCAAAUUGCGAAUCAUAGCCAUGAAGGCCAGUUUACAGCUGUGAGCCCUGUACCUCAGCGUUUUUCUGUCAGUCCUUUAAUCCACAGUUCUUCUGUUAAUCCUAAAACAGGAAAAAAUGUUCGAAAUUUGGCAGCAUCAAAUCUGAUUCUGCAUAGUGGAUGUGGUAAAACAAGAAUGGAGGCAUGCAAAAGUGAUGUGUUAUUGAACCCAUGCUUGAAUCCUGCUCCGGCACUGGUUCACCCAAAAUGCCCUUCAUUUUCUCAUCAGAAUCCUAUGUGCAGCCACAGCAAUUCUUUAUGUAUUACCUCAGGUCAAUCUCUCUCAAAACGAGAUGGUUUACGAACUCAGGAUGAAACUUUGGUGUCUGAUUUCCAUCUCAGGGAUACUGUGGGUAUUAGCAGCUCCCUAGAUCUUGGGACAUCCCCACAACUAGCAAGAUGCAAAAACAUGAAGACGAGCAGAGGUGAUGAAAGUUCAGUGGAUGAAACUAUUGAAGAUGUCAUUUUGAAAUACUGUCAUGGAACUACAUCUGAAGAAAUUUAUUUCAAAGAAGAGAAUAAUCCCUGUUUAACCUUUUCAUCACUUCUGGACCAUACUCAUUUAGAGGGUUCUGAAAUGAGUUUUGACUGUGAUGCACCUAUUCAGGCAGGAACAGACUUACCCAAGGCAGCUAUAAAAGAUAUAGAAUUCCUAAAAGAGAUCCAAGUAAGUUUGCAAGAUAAAGACUAUGGAACACAGCUCUCUUCUGUUUUAAAAACUGAGUCAGUGCAGAAGACAGAAGCAGUGAAACAGAAUGUUGUAGUUCAUACUGAAGAACCAGUUCUUCCAGCUCUGCCUCAUGUGCCUCCUUCUUUUGUGGGAAAAACUUGGUCUCAAAUAAUGUAUGAAGAUGAUAUAAAAAUUGAAGAACUUGUGCGUGAUUUCAGGGAAGGUCGUUUUCGCUGCUACUUUGACAGUGAAUCUUCAGCCAACUCCUCAGAUACACUAUGCAACCCGCAAAUUCUUAAAAAGCCUAGGAAAAGGACAUGGCGCCUGGCUUCAAGAUGCCAGGUGGUUAAAGUCAGCCAUGGCACCCAAACAAGUCUAUUGAACUACCCUGUAGCAAAAAGAAAAAUGUCUAGAAGGGAGUCUGAUCCAUCUGAUCAGAAGGGAAACAUCGUGUGUCCAGAGAAUGAAAAAACUCCAAACAUGAAAACUAGACUAUGUGCCCUUAAACUUCCUGACUCCUAUAGCAAGAUUAUGAGUCCUGUACAGCCGAAGACAGUGGUGUAUGUACUUUCUUGCCCAGAGAUAAAACAAUGUAAAGGUAAACCUACAGAUAUUCCCAAAAUGAGGAAAGAUAAUCCCAAAAUGAGGAAAAAUCAUAACUCCACAGAUAGCAAGGACUCUGUAAGGUAUAAAUAUAAACAGUGUUCUUUUAAGUACUAUGACCCACUGACAAAUCGAAUUCUGAAAACACCUCCGAAGACUACAGCUGGAGAAAAGGCCAAAAAGCCCUCCCACGUUCGACAACUUUUCAGAAGUCUCAGUUUUGAUGUGAACACGAGGAAACUAGCUGAUGCUCAGAGGGAAAGCAUGCCAUCAAAGUCACUCAAUUGGUCAGACUUCUAUAGUUCAUCUUCAGCAUCUUUCCUGCCAGAUCCAGAUAAAGGGAAUGAUGCAGCCUCAAGUCAGAAGGCAGAUGGAUCUUCUGUUUCCACAGAAAGAACAGAUUUUCUGGUAUCUGGUCACCUUUCGCCUUUGAACUCUCACCAGUCUGUGGUAGAAGGAGGUGAUAGAUUAACUCCUUUUAACACUAGAGUUACCAAAACUUCUCUGACUUCCAUCAGGAGUGAGCUGUUAGAGAGGGAGAAUCCAAAGGCAAUAUGGAAGAGAAAAGAAGGCACUAAUAAAGAACCAGUUUUUUCCAGAAAGGCUGCAGGACCUAUGUCUGUUAGAAGGAGAGGAAACAGAGUAACUGCAGGCAAACAAACUUCCAGAACUAAAAAACAGCAGAAAGAGGGGAUGAGAAGGAAGCUUUGUCCUCGUGCCCAGAAAUCAUCUGCUUUCUCCAUCCAUAGGUGCCAGACAAGGAAAACUACAGUGGGAAAGCACCUUAAGAAAGAAAAGCCUGAUGCUAAAAAAUUAAAGGUGAGGAGGAAACCAAAAAGGACCUUUCUGAACUCAACACUUGUCACAGGGAUUCCUGAAAAGAGGCAGAAAGUCACAUCAGAAUCUUUUCCCAAGAAGCCAGAGCGAGCUUCUUCCAAAGUCGGGAACUGGGAAACAGCACCUGGAAAAAAGAUUGAAGAAAAGGAAGGGGAACAAAAGGAGGUCAUAGAUGAAGCAGUUGAAGUGCUAGAGCUGCAGAAAGUGCAAAGCCAGUCUAAUGUGAAACAAGUACAACUGUAA